GUAAAAUUUUUUUAAAGAUUUAAUCCAAUUUUAAUCCAAUUUAUAUUCAUUCUGCUUCCAAAUUUACAAAUAUUUGAUACCAUACCGUGUGUAUUUCACUUCGGCUUCUAUAUCAAUUCGCAGUAACCGGUGCUCGACAAAGCACUCCAAUCAUUAUUGCCUAAAAGCCGGAAUGAUUCAGAGCACCCCUCGUAUGUAGAUCAUGCUUGUGUGGGCUUGAAGAAGAGUUGCGGUUCGCACAUUGUGCUAGUGUAAUAUCAUUAUUUUGACAGUUUCAACGUUGAACGUGGCUUUCAUCAUUUCAUCAGUACUAUGAAGUUAACCGCGAGUUUAUCCGCAGUUCCACUGGCGUCCUUAAUAAUAACUAAAUACAUUAAAUCAUCAAAGAAAGUAGAUGUUCAAUGGAGUCAAGAGACAAAGUUAGUGUUUGAUGAUGUAGUUUUCAACUCCGACGUUUCUAUUUGUCGGUAUUUAGCCAGGUUAUUUCCUGACUACAAAUUAUACGGAGCAUCUACAUUUCAAUACAUCGAGGUCGAUCAUUGGUUAUCUUUCGCAAUCGUACCUAUUGAAAAUAGUCAAAAGUUUCUAAAAAAUAUCAAGUACUUGGACAAACAACUGCAAACGGUGACAUACUUGGUCGGAGAAGCUCUCACAAUCGCUGAUAUAUUCGUAUGGUCGGUUUUAUUCGGUAAUCAAUUCUUGACUAAACUUGGAAACGAAGAUUUCGCGAACGUUCGUCGCUGGUUCUCUUUUAUCGAGUCUCACGAAUGUGUUAGAGAAAGUUUAGAUUCGUUACCAGCAGAAAUUAAGAAAAACAUGGAGCAGCUUACGAAUAAAAGCUCAUCCGGCGCGGUAUCCAAUGAAAGAAAAGAAGAAGGUAAAUUUAUCGAACUUCCUGGCGCCGAAAUGGGCAAAGUUGUUGUUAGAUUUCCUCCGGAAGCCAGUGGGUAUUUACAUAUCGGCCACGCUAAAGCUGCUUUGCUUAAUCAGUAUUAUCAAGAGAAAUUCGAAGGUAAAUUAAUCAUGAGAUUCGACGAUACUAAUCCUGCCAAGGAAAAAGUGAAUUUCGAAAAGGUUAUCCUCGAAGAUUUGCAUUUACUGCAAAUAAAACCGGACAUUUUCACGCAUACGUCGGAUUAUUUCGAUAAAAUGCUAGAAUUUUGCGAACUGCUGCUCCACGAAGGUAGGGCGUAUGUCGACGAUACUGAUCCUGAAGCCAUGAAACAAGAACGAGAACAAAGAGUCGAAUCAAAAAAUAGGAAUAACACUGUCGAGAAAAAUUUCCUAAUGUGGCGUGAAAUGCAGAAAGGUACCGAAUAUGGACAGACUUGCUGUGUUCGUGCUAAAAUCGAUAUGUCCUCGGCUAACGGCUGCUUAAGAGAUCCGACCAUUUACCGGUGUAAGAACGAGACUCAUCCGAAAACGGGAAAUAAAUACAAGGUUUAUCCAACGUAUGAUUUCGCCUGCCCUAUUGUCGAUAGUAUAGAAGGCGUGACGCAUUGUUUAAGAACCACCGAAUACCAUGAUCGAGACGACCAAUUUUAUUGGUUCAUAGACGCUUUAAAACUACGCAAACCUUACAUUUGGGAGUACAGUCGAUUAAAUAUGACGAAUACAGUUCUUUCGAAACGUAAAUUGACCUGGUUCGUCGAAGAAGGAUACGUCGAUGGAUGGGAUGAUGCUCGAUUCCCCACCGUACGCGGUAUUUUACGUCAUGGUAUGACUGUUACUGGUUUAAAACAGUUCAUAAUCGCUCAAGGAUCUUCUAGAUCUGUUGUCAGUAUGGAAUGGGAUAAAAUUUGGGCUUUUAAUAAAAAAGUAAUUGACCCGAUAGCUCCGCGUUACAACGCUCUCGAAUCUCAAGGAACCGUUCCAGUGCUGGUAAAAAAUGUCAAAACUGAAAAAGUCCAAGUUCCUAAACAUCCUAAAAACGAAGAAGUUGGUAAAAAGUUCAUUUGGAAGCAUAAUCGAGUCUUAAUCGAUUACAUCGACGCCGAAGAACUAAAAGAAAACGAAAACACUACUUUUAUCAAUUGGGGAAAUUUAAUGAUCAAAAAAAUCAACAGAGAUGGUGAAAAAAUUACGAGUGUCGAAGCCGAAGAAAAUCUAUCGAAUACCGAUUUCAAAAAAACUUUGAAAUUAACUUGGCUCGCCGAUGUGGAUGAAGCUCCAUUUGUACCCUGCGUUUGCGUCUAUUAUGAUCAUAUCAUUUCAAAGCCUGUUUUAGGCAAAGACGAAGAUUUCAAACAGUAUAUUAAUCCGAAUACAAAAAUCGAAAGAGUAAUGUUAGGUGAUCCAGAACUCAUUAAUGUGAAAAAAGGAGAUAUUAUUCAACUUCAAAGAAGAGGAUUCUACAUUUGCGAUCAAGAAUACCAACCACGAAGCGUGCAUACCGGUUGCGAAACACCGAUAGUGUUAUUUUUCGUACCAGAUGGUCAUUCGAAGGAAAACCCCAUUACAGCUCUUUCGAAAAAAGAAGCAUCCCAUCAAGAAAAUAAAUCAGUAAAAUCCAAAGGCCAAGACAAACAGAAGAAAAACGUUGGAAAAAUUCCUGGUGUUGUUGCGAAUGCUGAUGUUACCGUAGCUCAAGAAGCAGCUAAGCUUUUGGAUGCUAUUAAAAAUCAAGGCGAUCGUGUUAGGCAACUGAAAACUGAGAAAGCAGAAAAGAGCGUUGUCGAUGACGAAGUUGGCACUCUGCUUCAGCUUAAAAAAUCAUUCAAAGCAUUAACGAAUCAAGAGUGGAAACCUGGCGUAACUUUAGAACAAUUAGGUUUCGCCAACGUACCAGUUACCGUUGAAAAACCUCCUAGUACUGCGAAUGAUACUCAAGACAUCGCACGUAUUUUAGAAUCGAUCAAAGAACAGGGUGACCGUAUUCGUGUACUGAAAAGCGAAAAGAAAGAAAAAAAAUUAAUCGACGAGCAGGUAGAAAUUCUAAAACAACUGAAAAAAACUUUUAAAGACGUUACCAAGCAAGAGUGGAAACCAGGUAUUACCUUGGAUCAAAUAGCUCCAUCGAGCUCGAGUUCUUCAAAAGUUACCGAACCAAUUAAAUCGAGUACUGCUCCUACCGAAAGUGCAUUAGAAUCGGAAGACGACCUCUACCAUAAAGUAUGUUUCCAAACUAGUAAAAUACGCCAUAUGCAAGCUUGCAAAGUCGACAAAAAUCGUAUCAAUAUCGAAGUGACCGCGUUAACCGAUCUCAAAGAAAAAUACAGAGUGGCUACGGGAAAACAGUGGACCCAAAAACCAGGCGUCGACAUCAACGAAUAUUACAACCAGCACAUUCAAACGGUUUAUAAUAAAGUUACCGAUCAAGGAAACCGCAUCAGACAAUUGAAAGCGAACAAAGCUUCCAAAGAUGUUAUUGAUUUAGAAGUGAAAACUCUAAAAGAUUUGAAAGUCGAGUAUAAAGAAGCGUCCGGAUCGGAUUACCAACCUCCGGAUAGUAAACCUGCUUCUCAGCCUAGUAAAUCUACCACCGAAACGAGUAAACCAGUCGCUGAUGUAAAAAUGGCCUCCGGUCCCGUUCAAGAUAUCCACGAGAAAAUUGUCCAACAGGGAAAUAAAGUUAGAACGUUGAAAGCUGAAAAUCAACCCAAAGAAGUUAUUAUGAAAGAAGUUGAAGUUUUGAAGAAUUUGAAAGUAGAGUUCAAAGCUGCCAGUGGUAUCGAAUGGACUCCGAAUAUCAACUUGAAUGCUUCCUCCUCUGAAACGAGUAAACCGGUCGCUGAUGUAAAAGUAGCCCCUGGUCCAGUGCAAGAUAUCCACGAAAAAAUUGUCCAACAGGGAAAUAAAGUUAGAACGUUGAAAUCCGAAAAUCAACCCAAAGACGUUAUAAUGAAAGAAGUUGAAAUUUUGAAGAACUUGAAAGGAGAGUUCAAAGCUGCCAGUGGUAUCGAAUGGACUCCGAAUAUCAACUUGAAUGCAGUUUCCACCAAUAAACCUGCUCCAGCUCCUCCGAAGCCGGCUGCUCCGGAGAAAAAGAAAGCUCAAGCUAAGCAGCCUGAAGCUAAAAAAGCUGCAACUGAAGCACCCGCCAGUGGUCUUAAAAAACAAACUCGUCUCGGUUUGGAAGCUACGAAAGAAGAGAAUCUCGCCGAAUGGUAUACUCAGGUCAUUACCAAAGGCGAAUUGAUCGAAUACUACGACGUCAGUGGAUGUUAUACCUUGAGACCUUGGGCUUUUGCCGUUUGGAAAGAAAUUAAAGCUUGGUUCGACGAACAAAUCACCAGCAUGGGAGUAGACGAAUGCUAUUUUCCCAUUUUCGUCUCGAAACACGUGCUUGAAAAAGAGAAAACUCAUAUUGCAGAUUUUGCUCCUGAAGUUGCCUGGGUCACUAAAUCAGGCGAAUCAGAUUUAGAAGAACCGAUCGCCAUUCGUCCUACGAGCGAAACAGUCAUGUAUCCAGCGUACGCUAAAUGGAUCAGAUCUCAUCGAGAUUUACCUAUGAGACUUAAUCAAUGGAAUAAUGUCGUUAGAUGGGAAUUCAAACAUCCGCAACCGUUCCUCAGAACUAGAGAAUUCCUUUGGCAAGAAGGUCAUACGGCGUUCGCUUCGAAAAAAGAAGCCGAAGAAGAAGUCUACACUAUCCUAGAUCUGUAUUCCAAGGUUUACACCGAAUUGCUCGCUGUGCCAGUCGUCAAAGGCAAGAAAACGAAAAAAGAAAAAUUUGCCGGUAGUGAUUUUUCAACUACGGUUGAGGCCUUUAUUUCGGCGAGUGGAAGAGGAAUUCAAGGCGGUACUUCGCACCAUUUAGGCCAAAACUUUUCGAAAAUGUUCGAAAUAGUGUACGAAGAUCCGGAAACUCAAGAGAAGAAAUUCGUCUACCAGAAUUCGUGGGGAUUAACAACGAGGACCAUCGGUGUCAUGAUCAUGGUGCACGGUGAUAAUAAAGGCCUGGUGAUGCCACCGAGAGUUGCCAAAAUACAGGUUGUUAUCGUACCAUGCGGAAUUUCGUCUAGUUUAAAACAAGAAGAUCGAGAUGCGUUGGAAAAAUCGUGCACGGAUUUAGAAAAAAUUCUCAGAUUAUCCGGUAUCAAGGUUUUCUGCGAUUUACGAGAUAAUUACUCAUCCGGUUGGAAAUUCAAUCAUUGGGAACUGAAAGGUGUACCGUUGAGGAUCGAAUUAGGCCCUAAGGAUUUGAAACAAAAUCAACUCAUCGCUGUGAGAAGAGAUACCGGUGAAAAGGUUCCCUUAAAAAGGGAUUUGGUCGAAAUUCACAUAGGAAAAUUGUUGGAAGAAAUUCAGCAAUCUAUGUAUCAAAGAGCUGAAGCUGAUCUGAAAAGUCACACGAUUUUAUGCGAAGAUUGGCCAACGUUUGUUCAGAAAUUAAACGAAAAGAAUGUAAUUCUAUCUCCAUUCUGCGGCGAAGAAAACUGCGAAGAUAAAAUCAAAGAAGACAGUGCCAAAGGAGACACCGCCGAACCAGGAGCACUUACAAGCGGUGCGAAAAGCCUUUGCGUACCUUUUGAUCAACCGAAAAAUAUAAGUGCAACGACUAAAUGCAUCAAUCCAUCGUGUACGAAUCGUCCUCUAAAUUAUACUCUAUUCGGACGCAGUUAUUAAAAGAAUCUCGCGAAUUUGUCGUUUUUGUGUCUGUUUCACUUCGUUUAAUAUUUUUUGUAUGUACUUCGUGACGGAGUGUUCGAUCUGAUAUCAUAUUACUGCGUUUGAAGCAGUCGUUCGUUACGUGAGAAAUUUUAUAAAGAUUUUGUGAUGAUAAAUAAUUUACAGCUUGGGUA